UUCUUUAACCUGGCAUUAGGCCUUACACACACACACACACUCACACAUGCACAGAUCAUUCAAGGAGAGGAUGGGUCCGAGGAGAGUCUCUUUAACUCACAGGAGCUGUAAGUAUUGAGGCCAUGGCAAGGAAAAGUUGGUGAGAAGAGGAACAGAAGAAAGCACACGGAGCAGCCAUGACGUGGAGGAGCCCCCUUGCAUUGGUAAGGGAUGCUCUGAGAGGUCAGAGGGCGCGGGAGAAGGACCUCCGCAACCUGGUGUCCAAUCUGCCUUACGAGGGCCUGGAGAAGAGGAAGCAACCCAACCGCUACUUCCCUGGUAACGCCAUCAAGACCACCAAAUACACCCUCCUCUUCUUCAUCCCCAUGAACCUCUUUGAACAGUUUCACCGUCUGGCCAACAUCUACUUUGUGGGCCUGGCUAUUCUGAACUUUGUUCCCGUAGUGAAUGCCUUUGAGCCCGAGAUAGCUCUAAUUCCCAUCUGUGUCAUUAUGUGUCUGACGGCACUGAAAGAUGCCUGGGAGGACUUCAGGAGAUACCAGUCGGACAGGAAGCUCAACAACACGCCGUGUUUCAUUUACAGCAGGAAAGCGAAAAAGUUCAUAGAGAGGCGCUGGAAGGAUGUGCGAGUAGGAGAUUUUGUGAAGGUGAUUUGCAACGAGAUCGUUCCUGCAGACCUCCUGCUCUUGCACACAUCAGACCCCAAGGGUGUGUGUCACAUAGAGACGUCCAACCUGGACGGAGAGACCAACCUGAAGCAGAGGAGGGUGAUGUCGGGCGUUUGCAUAUCAGAUCCUGACUUUGAACCUGAGAGCUUCAACAGUCUCGUGGUGUGUGAAAAACCCAACAACAAUUUGAAUCAUUUCAAGUGUUAUGCAGAGAAACCUGAUAAGGAGAAGGUGGGCGCUGGCAUCGAGAGUCUGCUGCUGCGAGGAUGCACAGUGAGAAACACUGACCACGCUGUUGGCUUUGUGGUGUAUGCAGGCCAUGAAACUAAGUCCAUGCUCAACAACAAUGGGCCGAGAUACAAGCGCAGCAAACUAGAGCGAAAGCUGAACAAAGACGUCAUCUUCUGCGUCAUUCUCCUCUUCUUCAUGUGUCUCAACGGAGCACUAGGUCACUUUUUAUGGCUGCAGGCGCUGCCCACCGUGCCCCCUUACCUGGUUCCUGACAGCAACGGUCACCUGGACAGUCCCGGUCUGUCUAGCUUCUACAUGUUCUUCACCAUGAUCAUCCUGCUGCAGGUCCUGAUUCCCAUCUCCCUCUACGUGUCCAUUGAGUUGGUGAAGAUUGGUCAGAUCUUCUUCAUCACUAAUGACAUCGAUCUGUAUGAUGAGGCGACAGACAGCCGCAUACAGUGCAAGGCCCUGAACAUCACAGAGGACCUGGGUCAGAUUGAAUACAUCUUCUCAGACAAGACCGGCACCCUAACUGAGAACAAGAUGGUGUUUCGUAGAUGCUCCAUCAUGGGCACCGAGUACCCUCACAAAGAGAACGCCGUUCGCCUUGCUGUCCUUGAAGAAUCAGAGGCAGAGGAGAAUGUCCUCUUCAACAAGCGGCCACAACCCGUAAAGCCUCGAUGGUCCCUCGAUACCGAGGACACCAACUUUGAAGACAGGCAACAUCAACAUGGCAGCCAUCGCAAGAGCAAGGUGGCAGGAAAUGCCCAGAGCAAUGUGGCCUUUAGCAGUCCUCUGGAAACUGAGGUGAUACCAGACAGGAAGCUGCUACAGCGGAUUAGCAGGGCAGAGAGCAGCAGCAGGAGCAGCAGGAGCGGCAGCAGCAGCAGCCAGAACAUAGAUCCUUACCUGGACUUUUUUCUGUCUCUCGCCAUUUGCAACACGGUGGUGGUUUCCAUGGCAACAGCUCAGAGACAGAGGGUCAAUGGGUUUUCACACUCCCUCCAAUCAAAUAACCCAAUGGAUCCUUUGUCCAACAUGCCAAAAAAGUCUGGUUAUUUUAGCAAUAUUUUCACCUCCUGGCAGCGCAAACCCAACAGAAAUCGUACCAUCUCAGAGGACUCAGUUGUCGAGGGGGACAUCUUUAACCUCCCUGAAAUAAUGGAGGAGCCCGGAGACAUCAAUGGGCUCCGAAGAUGCUCGCUUUACGCUCCGACCAAUUCCGACAAGCCUGCAACGACCUCAGAUAAUCUGAGCUAUGAGGCAGAGAGUCCAGAUGAGGCAGCCCUGGUAUACGCAGCCAAGGCAUAUGGCUUCACUCUGCUGGCUCGCACCCCUGACAGCGUGACAGUGAGGCUGCCGUCUGGCGAGGACCUGGUGUUUGAGGUGCUGGACACCUUGACCUUUGACUCCUUCAGGAAGAGAAUGUCUAUUUUGGUGCGAGAUCCAAUCACCAAAAAGUAUGUGCUGUACACUAAAGGUGCAGACUAUGCCAUCAUGGAGCUGCUUGGUACACCGUAUGCAGAAAAUCUCAGAGGGAUUCAGAAGAAAAUAGCAGCAGAUACACAGCAUCACCUUGACUGCUACGCUAAAGAUGGGCUGCGUACACUCUGCUUUACAAAGAAGGUUGUGAGUGACAAGGAGUAUAAAAGCUGGUUUGUGAACAGACAGAGAGCCCUGGCUGCUAUAGAGAACAGAGAGCAGCUUGUUAUGGACACCGCUGUGCAGCUAGAGACAAACCUCUGCCUGCUAGGGGCAACAGGCAUUGAGGACCGUCUGCAGGAGAGCGUCCCAGACACCAUUAUGGCGCUGCGGGAGGCAGGGAUCCAGGUGUGGGUGCUGACUGGUGACAAGCUGGAGACAGCUGUCAACAUUGGCUAUGCCUGCAGGCUACUGGAAGACGAAGACCUGGUGAUUAACAUGAGCUGCAAAAACAAGCUCACAUGCACAUCCAUCGUGGACUGUGCACUGCAAGAGGUGAGAAGGUAUAAUGAAGACCCUCGUAAUGUGGAUACAACCCCGGACAUCUCUCUGGUGAUUGACGGACUCACCCUGAACAUGGCCCUGUCGUCGGACCUGCAGGACCGCUUUGUGGAACUGGCAAAGCACUGCCGCUCUGUGCUCUGCUGUAGAGUCACACCCUUACAGAAGAGCAGCGUGGUAAAGGUGGUUCGGGAGAAACUUAAGGUCAUGACUCUUGCUGUUGGUGAUGGUGCAAAUGAUGUCAACAUGAUCCAAGCAGCUGAUAUUGGCAUUGGGAUAUCCGGUCAGGAGGGCAUGCAGGCGGUCAUGGCAAGUGAUUUUGCUAUAUCUCGCUUCAAACACCUGAAGAAACUUCUCCUGGUUCAUGGUCACUGGUGUUACACUCGCCUGGCCAACAUGAUUAUUUACUUCUUCUAUAAGAAUGUGGCCUACGUGAACCUGCUGUUCUGGUAUCAGUUCUUCUGUGGCUUCUCUGGUACCACCAUGAUCGACUACUGGCUGAUGAUUUUCUUCAACCUCUUCUUCACCUCUGCACCACCCAUCAUGUUUGGUAUAAUGGACAGAGACAUUUCUGCAGAGAUUCUGCUGGGUGUUCCUGAGCUGUACAGGACUGGACAGGGUGAAGGGGAAUACAAGUUUUCAACUUUCUGGGUUAACAUGCUCGAUGCCUUCUAUCAGAGUCUGGCGUGCUUCUUUAUUCCAUACCUGGCUUACCAGGGUUCGGACAUUGACAUUUUUUCCUUUGGAACUCCUUUGAACACAAUUUCUUUAUUUACCAUCCUGCUGCAUCUGUCAAUAGAGAUCAAAGCCUGGACGGCGGUUCACUUGAUAAUCAUUGGGGGUAGUGUGGUGCUGUACUUCGUUGUGACACUUGCCUACAGUGCAGUCUGCGUCACCUGUAACCCUCCAUCCAACCCAUACUGGAUCCUUCCUAGGCAGAUGGCCGACCCCAUGUUCUACCUUCUCUGCCUCAUCACUACUGUGGUGGCUCUGUUGCCCAGGUACACGUUUCACGUGCUGAGGAACUCUAUCGCCCCCUCCCCGCUCGUGCAAGCCAAGCAUCUGGACCAGCUGGACCCCUCGACGAGGAGUGAGUACAUUAAGGAGUGGAGGAGUUUCAGGGGAGGAGGGCAGGUCAAAAGCUCCAGGCUGUCUACCCCACCCUCUCCUACCCUGGAGACCCCUGUCGGGAUGUAUCCCCAGUCUCCCACUGUCUCUGAUAUCAUGGGGGAUGAAUUCACACUGAAUGUUAUCAGUGAGAACUAUCAGAGGCAUCUACACUUAUGAGAAACAGAGACUCAUUGGCUGCUUGAAGGAUUAUUUAUUCGAAAAAUUUGUAAAUAUUCUGAAUUGGCUCAUGAGUUGAUACAUUUGAGUUAUAUUUCAUUUUGGAGGUGGGAGGGAGUUACAUAAAUGCAAUCAGAGAGAAAUACUCUUCCUCCCUGAUAUGUGACAAAUCAUCAAUCGGGGUGAUGAGUUCAUUUUGUAAUAAACUGCUUGACAAAAAGCAUGUCGGGCCUCUCCCCCUUACUCUCCUCAUAACAAGCUGCCAUAGUGAACACAUAAGCCUGUUACUUUUCUGAUGGGUUUUCAGAGCACAGUGGUAACCCAAUUAGUCAUGCCACCCACCCCUCCAAAAUAUGGCACUUUUCCAGAACAAAAUGCUUAGCUAGUUUAAUAUAUUCCUCUCACCUAGAUACCCUAAACAGUCACAAUGCUUCCUGUCACUGAGGCAAACACAGGAGUGGUUUACAGAUUUUUACAUUUAAUUUGUCUGUAUAAAAAAAAUGUUAGGCUGGUCCUGUGACUCGUUUUGUGUGUUUCUUUUUUGUAAAUCUGUGAAUCUUCUUGUGGAAAUACAAGUAAAAACAAUUGAAAGUC